AUGAACCCUCCGAACGAGGGCAGGGACUACCCCGCGCCCGGGUCUGCAGCCACUGGGUCUGAUUACGACAAUGAAACUCGCAUCAACACGCCUGUUCCCUUUGAACAGGAUGCCCCUCACAAGAAGGAGGUUUCGGAUUUCACCCUCGCUUCCUCCACGCCCGCUGCGACGCCGAUCGAUGCCGAGAAGGGUGCCACAUCGGAGGGCUUCCCCGUCCCAGAGACUGGCUUCCACCGUGUCGGUGUGGCCUUUGAAGGCUUGACGGUUCACGGUAGCGGCGCCACCCAGCGCGGCGUCGAGAGCUUUGAGAUCGCCGCCCUUAGGAUGUGGGACAUUGUCUCGCUCCUGAAGCGCUUUGCGGGCAUCAAGUCUGGGGCCAAGCGUCCUAUUAUCAGUGACUUUUACGGACUGUGCCGUCCUGGAGAGAGCAUGCUCGUCCUCGGUCGCCCCGGCUCGGGCUGUUCGACUCUUCUCCGUGCCAUCGCCAACGACACGACCGCGUUUUCGGGCAUCGACGGCCACAUCCAGUGGGGCAACAUUCAAGGCAAGGACGCCAAAUCGUUUGCCGGUGACCUCGUGUUCAACAACGAGGAGGAAAUUCACAUCCCUAUUCUCACUGUUGGGCAGACCCUCGACACUGACCUUUCUCUUAAGAAGGCACCCGGCCAGAAGACCGGCGGCACCUACAACAGCGACCGCAUCGACAAGCUCCUCACUGCCCUUGGCAUGAACCAUACAAAGGACACCCUCGUUGGUGACAGCUACGUCCGUGGUGUUUCCGGUGGCGAGCGCAAACGUGUUUCCCUCCUGGAGAUGCUCACCACCAAUGCGGCACUCAUCUCAUGGGACAACUGUGUACGUGGCCUCGACUCGGCAGUUGCACUCCACUUCCUCCGCCUUGCCAAGCGCCUCGGUCAGGAAACAGGCAUCACCAACAUUGUUUCGAUCUACCAGACUUCUCAAGACAUGUACGACGAGUGCUUUGACCGUGUCGUGGUCAUCUACGAAGGCCGCCUCGUAUUCUCUGGUCUCACGACAGACGCCGAGAACUUCUUUAUCAACCAGGGAUGGCACAAGAAGCCCCGCCAAACCACUGCCGACUUUUUGACUGCGUGCACCAGCCCCAGCGAACGCAAGGCUACUCGUUCAGGUGUGCCCCAGACCCCCGACGAGAUGGCCGCCUACUUCCGCGCCAGCCCAGAGUUUGCCAAGCUCCAGGCUGAGAUUGCAGAGUACAAGACCGAGUCGGCGGCGUCUCAGGACACUGAGCAGUUCCGCGUCGCCGUCAAGGAGAGCCGCGCGCCCCUCGCCGGUAACGGUGCCUACAAGCGCAACUUUUUCCAGCAGGUCGCUUCACUCUGCGUCCGCCAGACCCGCCUCACCAUGGCCGAUAAGACGACGUUCCUCGUCCGUGUCCUUUCCAACAUCCUCAACGCCACGUGUAUCGGUGCCAUGGCUUACAACUCGCCCAACAAUGCCAGCGGUGCCUUCACUGUCGCCGGUGCCAUCUUCUUCACCAUUCUCUACUUUGUCAUCUUCGGUUUCGGCGAGGUCGCCGCCACCGUCCAGUCCCGCCCUCUCCAGAUCAAGCACCGUAAACUCGGAUUCUACCACCCUGGCGCUGUCAUUAUUGCCCAAAUGCUCAUCGACGUGCCGCUUUACGCCUUCCAGACCCUCCUCUUCUCGGCCAUUUACUACUUCCUGGUCGGCCUCAAUGCCGGCGCCCGCUACUUCUUUACCUUCUGGUUCGUCACCUUCACCCUCUACAUGGCCAUCAGUAACAUGUACCGCGCCAUCGGUUCUUGGUCUCCCAACCUUUCCGUCGCAGUCCGUUACGGUGGUUUGGCCCUGGCCGUCGUUUUAACCACCUGUGGCUACUUGUUGCCCCUGCCAUACCAGCUGCGCUGGAUUUCAUGGCUCGGCCGUGCGUCUCCCACUACCUACGCUCUCGAGGCCCUUCUUUCCAACGAGUUCCGUGUACGCACCCUGGUGUGCGGCGACAGUGACAUGGUCCCCUACGGCUCCUCAUACACGGACGCCAUGUUCCAGACGUGCUCCAUCACUGGUGCCGAACUUGGAUCUGCUUCAGUUUCCGGCGUCAACUACAUCCUCGCAAAGUACAAGUUCUCCCCCAGCCACAUCUGGCGUAACGUCGGUAUUAUUUGGGCCAUGUACGCUAUCUACUCGAUCUUGGUCAUUUGGGGAAGCUCGCUUCUUGUGACGGACGCCGGAUCGUCUGCGAGCAAGAUUUUCAAGCGUGGCACCAAGCGCACCGUCGCUGAGAAGACUGAAAAGGACACUUCGCUCGAGCUGUCCCAGUACCGUUCGCAUGUGGCCGCCGAGUCCGACCUGGUCCGCACCAACCUCACCAGGCACAGCACGCGUGUAGCGCAGGGUGCUCCUGCCGGAUCGGUUUUCACGUUCAAGGACGUCUCUUACACUGUCAAGGUCCCCAGCGGCGACAAGAAGCUCCUCAACAAGGUCAGCGGCAAGGUCGUUCCCGGCCAGCUCACCGCCCUUAUGGGGGCGUCUGGUGCCGGCAAGACUACGCUCCUCGAUGUCAUCUCCCAGCGCAAGACCAGUGGUGUUGUUGAGGGUUCUUUCUCCAUCGGUGGCGCGCCUCUGGAUUCUUCAUUUGGUCGUCGUGCUGGUUUCUGUAUGCAGGCCGACCUGCACGACGGCUACGCCACUGUCCGCGAGUGCCUCGAAUUUUCCGCUCUUCUUCGCCAGGAUGCCAGCUUUUCCCGUGAGGAGAAGCUGGCCUACGUCGACGAGGUGAUUGAACUCCUCGAGCUCGGUGAAAUUCAGGACGCCCUCAUUGGCAACCCCGACAUUGGUGGCCUCGGUAUCGAAGAACGCAAGCGUGUAACCAUCGGUGUCGAGCUCGCGGCCCGCCCCGAGUCGCUUCUGUUCCUCGACGAGCCUACAUCGGGUCUCGACUCGCAAGCCGCAUUUGAGAUUGUUACGUUCCUCGGCAAGAUUGCCAAGGCCGCCGGUCUUUCCGUUCUUUGCACCAUUCACCAGCCCUCUGGCGAUCUCUUUGGAAUGUUCGACUCUGUCGUGCUGCUUGCCCCCGGCGGCAACACUGUCUAUGCCGGUGAGACUGGAGCCCACGCCAAGACGGUUUGCGACUACUUUGAACGCCUCGGUGCCCCUUGCCCUCCCAAGGCCAACCCAGCCGAACACAUUCUCGCCACCGUCGCCCCCGUCGGCGGCUCCAAGAUUGACUGGGCGGGUCUGUGGCGCGAGUCUCCAGAGGCCAAGCAGAUGCUCAUCGACAUUGAUGCCGUCGCCAACUCGGGUGCCGCUGCCGAUGUCGGAUCGGACAACGCCAGUGUCUUUGCCGCUUCGUACGUCGAGCAGUGCCGCGAGCUCCUCAGGCGUCACUUCAAGUGGCAGUGGCGCAACGGAUCGUACCUCGUCAGCCGUUACGCAUCUGCCAUUUUCUUCGGCCUGUUUGUCGGCUUCUACUUCUACAAGCUUAAACCAACUGCGGUCGGCAUUCAGGCCCUUUCGCUUUCGCAAAUCGUCAUUCUCCAGGCCGCUCCUCCUCUCAUGAUCGAUAUCGCCCUCUUCUACCAGAUUCAGUUUGACCUGUUCGUCGCCCGAGAGCGCAACGGUAUCUACAGCUGGAAGGCACUCGUCACAUCCAUCCUGAUUGUUGAGUUGCCUGCCACUGUGACUUCUGGUAUUGUGUCAUUCCUGUGCUACUUCUGGACCAUUGGUCUUGACACUUCUGCCGAGGUCGGCGGUCUCACCUUUUUGACCUGGAUUGUCUGGGGCUGCUUCGCUUCCACAUGCGGUGUCCUCCUGGGUGCAGUUUGCCCCACCCCCUUCAGCAUCGCGUACAUUCUCAGUUUCUUCUGGAACGUGUACAUGGGUCUUUCGAACGCCUUUUUCAGCUACUACCUCUUGCCCAGCCCCUUCCACUACUUCUUCAGCUGGCUCAGCCCGGUUCGCUACUUCUUCUCGGCCCUUUUGUCCAACGUCUCCACUCUCAAGGUCACAUGCCUGGAGUCUGAGCUCGUUCGCUUUGACGUUCCCAGCGGACAGACCUGCGCGACUUACGCUGCCUCGUUCAUGACCAGUGCCGUGGGAUACUUGGCCAACCCCGAUGACACCUCGAACUGUGGAUACUGCCCGUACACCACCGGUGUAAACUACAUGGACGGCACCGGUUACCACUACUCGCAGCGCUGGCGUGACUGGGGUCUUUCUAUCCUGUUCGUCGUGUCCAACGUCGCCGUGGCGUUUGGCAUGACGUACCUCCUCCGCAUCCGCCCUCUUUACAAGUAA